AUGUCUGAAAGGAAAACGAAAAGAUUGCCUGGAGCGCAAUAUAAAAGAAAGCGAGAGGAAAAGCAAAAUGAAGCUAAAAAAAUGUUUGGCUCAUUAACAAAGUUUUUAGUAAAAUCGCCAGAACCGGAAAGUAGUUGUAGUAGCCAAUUAAAUCCAAUUGAUGAUUUGUUUUGCGAUAAAAAUGAAAAUGAAUUAUCUGUCGAAAAUGAAAAGGCUAAUGACAAUACUAGUAGUACCGACGAAAUGGAAACAGAAGAUAAUAAGGAUAUCGAUCUAUACAAUACCGAUACCGCUGAAAUUGAUAAAGCAUAUUUUGCUAUGUGUAUGGAUUUAAAUGAUCCAGCUUGCUGGCCUUUAACAAUUACCACUAAAAUAUUGGAUAUAUUAAUCGAAAAAGGACCCAUACAAAAUAAACAAUCUACAUAUCCAAUUAAUGAAUUGGGAAGAUCAUUUUCAUCAACUUAUUUCUAUAGAAAAAUGCCAAAUGGUGAAAAAUUUAAUCGUGAGUGGUUAAUCUAUUCUCCAAAAACGGAUUCCAUAUUUUGCUUCUGUUGUAAAUUAUUUGGCAAACAAGAAAUAAAAUUAGUUAAUGAAGGCUUCAAUGAUUGA